AGAUCUGGCAACACCGCCCGCGAACGAAACCAGACGAGAAUAAAGCAAAAUGGCGCUUGAUGAAGAAGACGUUAUUGUUAUCUUUAAAGUCCUCUGUUCUUAAUAUGUUUGCAUGUGUACACAUAUGUGUUGUUUUAAAAAGAGUAAAUAUCGUUAAUGAUAGUUUGUAUUUGUCUGAGCGCACUCUUGACGCUUCUCGUGCUAGCUUAGCGCUAGUUAGCUUAGCUUGCUAGCUGCUAAUAGAAGAGACUCUGAGGUUUUUAUAAAGAUUGAAUGUGAGCGUAAAAUGUCGUGAUUGUGGGAAAAUGUGCGAAAGAAGUAUAGCGGAGUACGAGGAAGAACGUUCUUCAACAAAACAACAUCAACUGGACGCUGUUUUAAAGAAGCAUCAUGUCUUAUUCAGAACAGACAUCCAUCAGCUGACUGGAUCUCAAGAAACGUGUGUCCCUCAUUUGCAGGGGGAGACCUUGACUUUGGAGCACAAGUAUCCACAAUCCCCCCAUGUCAAAGAGGAAGGAGAGGAUCAACAGCCCCCUAAUAUUAAAGAGGAAAGGGAGGAUUCACAGCAUUCCCAUGUCAAUGAAGUAAAGGAGCUUAUACAGCCCCCCUACAUAAAAAAAGAAGGACAUGCGGAGGCUGAUCCCACCAAGCUUCCAUUGACCGUUGUCUCUGUGAAGACCGAAGACCAUGAGGAGAAACCACCUGAGUCCUCACAGCUUGAUCACAGUCCAAAUGUCUGUGAAGAACAUCGCCAUGAGCACCAGAAGUGGACCUCCAGGAUGAAGCAGGAGGAGCUACAACCCCCACACAUCAAAGAGGAAGAGGUGCAACAACCCCCACACAUCAAAGAGGAAGAGGAGGAGCCUCAGCACCCAGACAUUAAAAAAGAAUGGGAGAAACAGAGCAUCGGUCAAGAGGAAACGCAUCUUGAUGGACCGGAGGAUGUUGGCGUCCCCAAGAUGCCAUUGACUGGUGUCACUGUGACGAGUGAAGACGAGUUCAAAGGUGAUGAUAACGAUUCUAAAGCUGAUAUGUUGACAUGUGACACUGACCACACACACUUUCAAUGCUCUCACUGUGACAAAACUUUUAAUCGCCAACAUAAUAUGACAAGACACAUGAAAAUACACUUUCGAGAAAAACACAUUACGUGCUCAAUUUGUAGUAAAGGUUUUACACAAAAAAGUGAUUUGAAAAUACACAUGAGAACGCACGCUGAAGAAAAACGUAUUUCCUGUUCAGUCUGUGGUAAAAGUUUUACACAAAACGCUAAUCUGAAAAGACACAUGAGAAUACACACUGGAGAAAAACAUUUUUCCUGUUCAGACUGUGGUAAAGGUUUCACGCAAAAAAGCGAUUUGGAAACACACAUGAGGACACACACCGGAGAAACCCCUUUCAUCUGUUCGAUCUGCGGAAAACGUUUCACACAAAGGCAGUGUUUGCAAGUGCACACGAGAACACACACCGGAGAAACACCUUUUACCUGCUCCAUCUGUCUUAAAAGCUUUACACAAAAUGCGAAUCUGAAAAGACACAUGAAAAUACACAGUGGGGAAAAACAUUUUUCCUGUUCAGUCUGCGGUAAAGGUUUCACACAAAAAAGUGAUUUGAAAAUACACACGAGGACACACACUGGAGAAAAACAUGUUUCCUGCUCAAUCUGUGGUAAACGUUUUACACAAAAAGGUCAUUUGAAAAUACACAUGAGCACGCAUACUGGGGAGAAAAUGUUUUCCUGUUCAAUCUGUGGUAAGAGUUUUACACAAAACGCUAACCUGAAAAGACACAUGAAAAUACACACUGCUGAAAAUCCUUUCACCUGUUCAAAAUGCAACAAAAGCUUUUCGGAACCAACACACCUCGCACUGCACAUGAGAAUACACGACGGAGACAAACCGUUCAUGUGUUCUCACUGUGACAAAACGUUUAAAUACCGCUGUCAUCUGAAAAGGCACACGAGAAUACACACGGGUGAAAAAAAAUGGUUCUGUUCGAUUUGUAGUGAGGGUUUUCCAGAUAAUAAUGAUUUGCAAAGACACAGGAGAACACACACUGAGGAAAAACCCUUCGUUUGCGGUAAAAGAUUCUGUGUGAAGCAAACUUUGAAAAGACACACAAGAAUACAAGCUAGUCAAAAACCUUAUGCCUGUUCAGGUUGCAACAAAAGCUUUUCUCUACGACCAAACCUUGCAGCACACAUGAGAAUACACACCGGAGAUAAACCAUUCGUGUGCUCAAUUUGUAAUAAAAGAUUCAUUCGGAAGAUAGACUUGGUAGUACACAAAAGAAGACAUACUGGUGGAAAACCUUUUAUGUGUUCAGUGUGUGGUAGAGGUUUUGUAAAACAUCCAUAUUUGAAAAAACACAUGGGAACACACAGUGGUAAAAAAAAACUAAGUGCAACAAAGGUUUUACCGGACGACAAUCACUUGUAAGACACCUGAGAACACACACAAGAGAGAAAGUACCGGAGUAAGAAACAGUGUCCUGGUGAGAACAGCAAAUAAAGCUGCAGGGUUUUGAAUAAACUGUCAAAACGCUGACGUUCAAACAAUAUAACAUUAUUUGACAUCAUUGUUGUGAAUGGUUCUACCAAUUAUAGAGUAAAUGUUUUUACUUAAAGGGGAACGUUAUCACAAUUUCAAAAGGGUUAAAAACAAUAAAAAUCAGUUCCUAGUGGCUUGUUGUUUUUUUUGAAGUUUUUUUCAAAUUUUUAUCGGUCUCGGAAUAUCCCUAAAUAAAGCUUUAAAGUGCCUUAUUUUCGCUAUCUUCGAAACCACUAUCCAUUUCCCUGUGACGUCACACAGUGCUGUCGAUGUAAACAAACAAUGGGAAUACCACAGCAAGAUAUAGCGACAUUAGCUCGGAUUCAGAUUCGGAUUUCAGCGACUUAAGCGAUUCAACAGAUUACGCAUGUAUUGAAACAGAUGGUUGGAGUAUGAAAAUAUUGAAGAAGAAACUGAAGCUACUGAGCGAAUAGCUAUUGACGCUAUUCAUAGCCAUAGCAUGGCCGAAUAGCUGCGUUAGCAUCGCCGGUAAAAUGUGCGGACCAAACGAUCAGGACUUUCGCAUCUUUUGACACCGGAGCAACUUAAAUCCGUCGAUUGGUAAGUGUUUUUUUUCGUAUGGAAGGAAACGUAAUAUAGUUGCAAAUGCAUCUACAGGUUAUCCAUACAUCUCUGUUCCAUGUCUGCUUUAGCACCGCCGGUAAAUAGCAUGUUAGCAUCGAUUAGCGUAGCAUGUUAGCAUCGAUUAGCAGGCAGUCAACAUCAACAAAACUCACCUUUGUGAUUUCGUUGACUAUCGUUGCAAAUGCAUCUGCAGGUUAUCCAUACAUCUCUGUGCCAUGUCUGCUUUAGCACCGCCAGUAAAUAGCAUGUUAGCAUCGAUUAGCGUGGCAUUUUAGCAUCGAUUAGCUGGCAGUCACGCCGCGACCAAAUAUGUCUGAUUAGCACAUAAGUCAACAUCAACAAAACUCACCUUUGUGAUUUCAUUGACUUUAUCAUUGCAUCUGCAGGUUAUCCAUACAUCUCUGUGCCAUGUCUGUCUUAGCAUCGCCGAUAAAAUGUGGAGACACUCUGGCCCAUUCAAUGGGGGUCUGGCGGCAGACACUUUGGCAUCUUCGGGCCAGUGGUGCAACUUGAAUCCCUCCCUGUUAGUGUUGUUACACCCUCCGACAACACACAGAUGAGGCAUGAUGUCUCCAAGGUUCCAAAAAAUAGUCGAAAAAACGGAAAAUAACAGAGCUGAGACCCGGUGUUUGUAACGUGAAAAUGAAUAUGGCGGGUGUUACCUCGGUGACGUCACAUUCUGACGUCAUCGCCUCCAGAGCGAUAAACAGAAAGGCGUUUAAUUCGCCAAAAUUCACCCAUUUAGAGUUCGGAAAUCGGUUAAAAAAAUAGAUGGUCUUUUUUCUGCACCAUCAAGGUAUAUAUUGACGCUUACAUAGGUCUGCUGAUAAUGUUCCCCUUUAAGUCAAAUUACAUGCAUUAUUUAUUGUAAGCUCUGUUUCUUCCUACUCGUUUUCGGACAAACGUGUAAUUGUAAAUACGUGAUGUAUUCACUGUGACCGUAUGCAUGUUCAAAAUAAACUAAUACCAAACAUCA